AUGUUUUUGUCUUCUGCUAUUCGAUCUGCGGUUUCGCAAACGGCGAGGCAGGUAAGAGGUCUGCAUCGUUCUGGCUGCACGUGCAGGAGCGGGGGCAUCUUUGUGCACAGGGACACCGCAGACAACAACCCUGAUACCCCUUUUGAAUUCACUGCGGAGAACCUAAAGAGAAUUGAUGCGAUCAUCUCUAUGUACCCAGUGGGUCACAAGCAGGCAGCCACUAUUCCAGUUCUGGAUUUAGCCCAGAGGCAACAUGGAUGGCUACCCAUCUCUGCCAUGAACAAGGUUGCAGAGGUGCUUGAAGUCGCUCCGAUGAGAGUGUAUGAGGUGGCGACGUUCUACACCAUGUUCCUGCGUCAGCCGGUGGGGAAGUACUUCAUCCAGAUCUGCACCACGACCCCCUGCAUGCUCUGCAACUCCGACAGCAUCCUGGAGGCCCUCAAAACCAAACUGGGUAUCAAGGUGGGGGAGACUACACCCGACAAGAUGUUCAUCAUUGAGGUUGAAUGUCUGGGUGCUUGUGUGAACGCUCCCAUGGUUCAAAUCAAUGACAACUACUAUGAGGACCUCACUGCCGAGGACAUGGAUCACAUUAUUGACGAACUUAAGGCUGGGAGGGUGCCGCCACCUGGGCCAAGGAAUGGUCGUUUCUCCUGUGAGCCAGCCGGGGGUCUAACUUCUCUGACUGAACCCCCACCCGGGCCGGGGGUCGGUGUGAGAGCAGACCUCUAAACACGGAUGGCCGCAUCAACCAAUCCCUAGACUGAUAUGUUUUAUGAUUGCAUAUGUAAAUAAAAUAUUAAUGUAUCUGUA